AUGUCUGAUGUGAAGGCCGCUUUGCUUAUCAACGGCGAAGCUGGCAAGGAUUCACUCAAAAAUGAACUUGAUAAUCUCCCUCCUCAGGUGAUGAAACGUGUUGAGACACUCAAGCAAAUCCAGAGUCAACAAGAUGAGCUAUAUGCAAAAUUUUUGGAAGAGAAAGCAGUACUUGAGAUCAAGUAUCAGAAAAUGUAUGAACCACUUUAUUCCAAGAGAUAUGAUAUCAUUAAUGGUGUCAUUGAAGUUGAAGAGGUUACUGAAAAUGAUGCUGUCAAAGGCAUUCCCAAUUUUUGGCUCACUGCAAUAAAAAAUAAUGAGAUUAUUAGUAUGGAGCUUACGGAACGUGACGAAGGAGCCCUUAUACAUCUCAAAGACAUCAAAUAUAGCAAGUUAGAUGAUAUAAAAGGGUUUAAACUUGAAUUUUUCUUUGAUCCAAAUCCGUACUUCAAGAACUCAAUUUUGACAAAAAUAUAUCACUUGAUUGACGAAGAGGAGCCGAUUUUAGAUAAAGCUAUCGGAACAAAAAUAGAAUGGUAUCCUGGGAAAUGUUUAACCAAGAAGAUUCUUAAGAAGAAAUCAAAAAAGGGUUGCAAGGAUGCUAUGCCGGUUAUCAAGACUGAAAAGUGUGAAAGUUUUUUUAACUUUUUUGAUCCACCCAAAAUUCUUAAGAGUGAUGAAAUUGAUGAGGAUACUGCUGAAGAGUUUCAGUAUUCGUUAGAUUAUGAUUAUGAAGUUGGAGAAACCAUUCGCGACAAACUUAUCCCACAAGCAGUUUUGUGGUUUACGGGCGAAGCUGAUCAAGAAUCGUAUGGAGAUUAUUUUGUUGAUGAUAACAAUGAUAAUGAAGUUCAUGACAUUGUCUUAGAAGGUGAUGAAAAAGAUGGUGACGAUGAUGAGUAUGAGGAGGUGGACGAGAUUGAUGAUGAAGAUGACAUUUGUGACAAAUCCUUGGAGGAGGAAAAUGGAGCUGCCUAA